UAACAUGCCCGAGCUGACCGUGAAGGCGGCGUGGUGGUGUCAGGUCAGGUGUAAUUCGCGGGCCAAUCGCGGGCUUCAGGUGCGGCCAUGGGCAGAGUGGCGUCACGGUCUGCGCGAACAACAACGGUGGAGAAGAUGAUGGAGAACAAGCAGAGCCAGGUGCUGAAUGUUGAGCGGGUGAAGGCGCUGGAAACCUGGCUGAAAGCCACCGAUACGAAUCUGAAACAAGUAAACGGCCAGAGGAAGUAUGGAGGACCACCUGAGGUGUGGGACGGGCCGUCCCCAGGAGCACGCUGUGAGGUCUUCAUCAGCCAGAUCCCUCGGGACACCUACGAGGAUCUGCUGAUUCCCCUCUUCAACUCCGUGGGGCCCCUCUGGGAGUUCCGGCUCAUGAUGAAUUUCAGCGGCCAGAACCGCGGCUUCGCCUACGGCAAAUACGGCUCGCCGGCCGUAGCUACUGAAGCCAUCCGCCUGCUGCACGGUCACAUGCUGGAGCCCGGCUUCCGCCUGAGUGUCCGCCGCAGCACGGAGAAGAGACACCUCUGUAUCGGAAACCUGCCGGCCACCACCAGGCAAGAGGACCUACUGCAGGUGCUGCGUGUAGUGGCAGAGGGGGUGGAGAGAACGUCUGUGAAGGCUGGGCCUGGUAUAGAGGGGGUGUCUGCUAUAGUCGCCUUCUCAUCUCACCAUGCUGCUUCUAUGGCCAAGAAGGUGCUGGUGGAAGCAUUCAGGAGGCAGUUUGCGUUGAACAUCUCAAUCAAAUGGCAGUCCGCAGUGAAGCCGAGCCAGGACGAGCCAGCACCUCCACACAGACCUUUAAAGAGCCACCUGCCAUCACCCCUGAAGCCGCCGCGCCACAUCAUGAGCUCUCCACAGCCCUCGGCCGUGCCUCCUCGCGCGGCCCGCCCUCCGUCCGUCCACGUGGGUUUCAGCAGAGCAGUUGGAGGACCGACUGCCCCCAAGCAUCCACCCCCUCUCAGCUCCUCCUACUCCUCUUCCUUCCAGGGCCAUCCUGCGUCUACAGCAUCCUCAUCAUCCCCCGUGAUGCUCCUGCACAAGCUGUGUGAGGCGACUGGCGUCGGCCAGCCGCUCUAUGAGAUUUGCUGCAGCCACGCUGGGCCCGAUGGAUUCCUCUACUUUGCCUAUAAGGUCUGUAUCCCCGGGAUGACCGCGGUCUUCAAUGGGCUGGUCAUGAUCUUGCCGGGACCCACUGCCACCACCACGCUGGAGGAAGCUCAGCGGGCCGUGGCCCAGCAGGUCCUGCAGAAGGUGUACAAUAAUCAGCUGGCCCACUGACAAGCCCCAUCAGAUAGUAUACAGCACACCUACCUCUGCAGCAAUGGUUGUUUUGUCAAUGAUGUUAUAUAAAAACCAAAAAAGAUGUUUAUCUUAUAUGUAAUUUGUUGAUUUAUGCAUGCUUUUAUUAGAGUAGUAGUAGGCUUGUUUGUCUUGUUUAAACUUCUGUGGUUUGUUUUAUGCAUGUUUUUUUAUUGUGUGUUACUGUUUGUUUUGUUCCUCAUUUCAUAAAAUGAGAUUUGAAAAGAAAAU